GCACAAGCUUCCUGUUGUUGUUUUUUUUCCGGUAAAGAAGAUGGCCGCCUACAUGGAAUAAAAGUAUUUUCCUUUUUUUCUGGACAAGUUUGUGCAUUUCCCCAGGUGUUCUUGUCGGUAUAUUAAAACCAAAAUCGGUUGACGUAAACGGCCCCCUUUUCUCUGGUCUUGGUUCCCCUCGGAGGUUGUGGUUCUGCAAUGGAAGUCCCGGAGCCUGGGCCAGCGGAUGGGGAGGAGCGGCUGGUGGAGUUGAGACCCCGGACCCGCUCCAACCCGGAGGGGGCAGAGGACCGGAGGAACAGCAACCCCCAGACCACUGUGGGCAGCAGGAGCGAGGGAGAGGGGGAGGCAGCCAGGAGCGACAGCCCUCCCAGCUCAACCAGCAGCACUGCGGCCACCACUACCGCCACCGUCACCAGCACCAAAGACCGGGCCAAACCAGUGCCACCGCCCUCUGUGACCACUGCUGCCUCCCCAGCCACAGAGUACCAGCUGCGCACGCCCAGGGUCAACUGUCCAGAGAAAGUGAUAAUCUGCCUUGACCUGUCGGAGGAGAUGUCCCUGCAGAAGCUGGAGUCCUUCAAUGGGUCGAAAACAAACGCGCUGAACGUCUCCCAGAAGAUGAUCGAGAUGUUCGUCCGGACGAAGCACAAGAUUGACAAGCGUCACGAGUUUGCCCUGGUGGUGGUCAACGACGACGCCCUGUGGCUGUCUGGUUUCACGUCCGACCCCCGGGAGCUGUGCAGCUGCCUCUACGACCUGGAAACAAAUGUCUGCGAGUCUUUCAAUCUUGAAGACCUUUUAAAUGUAAUCCACCAGAAGAUAGAACUGCCUCAGACGGAGAACGUCCAGACAAUCCCCCCUCCCUACGUGGUGCGGACGCUGCUCAUCUACGGCCGGCAUACCGGACAGCCGCAGUUCAACCCCCCCGACGCCAUCAGCAAGAUGCUGCAGUCUCCCUACUUCUUUUUCGAUGUGGUUUACCUUCACAAUGGAGCCGAGGAGCAGGGCGAGGAGAGCAGCUGGAAGGAUGUCUACACCUCAUUCUGUAACCUGGACUCGAAGGGGAUUUGCUACCGGUUCGAGGUGUCUCUGUGCGGGCCGGCCAUCGAGCUGCACAACUGCAUGGCCAAGCUGCUGUCCCACCCCUUACAGAGGCCCUUCCAGAGCCACGCCUCCUACAGCCUGCUGGAAGGGGAGGAGUCCCAAGAGAUCGAGGCCACUGUCUAGGAGGGAGAGGGAAAGGGGGUGGAGCCAGAGACGGUCCUUCCAUAGCCCCACCUCUAUUGACUGCUGGAGGGGGAGGGGCAAAUACAGGUCAACGUGGUGGGACCGGAGUCAGUCUGACCUUCAGAAGCCACGCCCCCUGUUGACUGCGAAGAAGAGUUAGACGCUACCAACUUCCACAGCCGUUACAAAUGACUGGCUCGCCUGCGCUGCAGUGGGUACUGUGGCUGUGAGACAGCCAUCUCCCACCUGGAAAUGUGCAGGCGGCUUGGGUUCGACUUUAAGAGUGUGUAAAAAUAACAAUAGUGUAAUUCCAAUAUUCGGACAGGUGGCAGUAUGCCUCGUCAACAGAAUCUUUGUAUUAGUGAGUGUAUUUAGCCACUGUGUAUAAUUUGUGCAAACUGAAAACUCCUUAUGUGAAAUGUACGGUGCUGUAUGUCAAUACAGUGAACACACUGGAAUUUCAGAUUUCUACAAGAGGUUUGAAGAAAUGUCCCUGAAGUGAAGCAGCUGCCUGUUUGUGUGCAUGUGCAGUAAAUAACAGUUCUAGAGCUACAGCUGAUAACUUGUUUGUUGAAUCUUUUUUUCUUCCUAAAACCACACUGUCAGGUGAUGUUAAGUAACCCAUUUAAAGUGGUGUGAGAUUUGAAUCAGCAAAUCAUUUUACAAUUUUAUUUUUAUAGCUGUGCUACAAAUGCAUUUUUUUUUUUCUUUAAGCAAAAACCUUUCAGCGCUGUUAGAUAACAGAUGGGUUUACAUGAGAUGGUUCUGUCACGAUAAGAUGUCUAAAUCGGUUCACUAUACUCUGACUGACUUGAUCAUUUGGAAUCUGUUUAAAAAGAGCAACCUGCUAAGAAAAGCUAAUCUCUCAGAAAGGUGACAUUGAGGAGACUCACAAACCCUGUUCUCUCAGUUCACUGAACUGUAUUUUAUAUAGUUGUCAAACUUCAUUCUAAAUAAACAGAUGCACUGGAGAAAAAUA